GCUAAUUUUAGUUCAGUCAACAUAGAAAGUACGUCGUGUUUGCUUCAUUUAUUUGCUGCGGUGAUACAUGAACGAUGAAGACCACGGUUGCAGAAAAGAAAAACGUCGAAGACAUAAAGAGUGAUGGACAAAUCUGGCCACAAGUGUUAGCGAUCGUAGUAGUGUGUUUGGUUCCAUUUACGGUUGGGUUAUUCUUCACUUGGUCCUCGCCAUUCCUAUUAAAAAUCACAGAUGACAAAAGCACUUACGACAUAUCCGAAGAAGACGGUUCAUAUUUCACAGUUAUACCGCCCAUUUCUAUGAUCCUAACAAGCAUCUUCUUUUCAAAUUUAAAUGACAAAAUUGGAAGGAAACCCACAAUCCUCAUAAAUAGUGUACCGCAUAUUAUGGGCUGGAUUCUCACCGCUACGGCAACAAAUGUUUGGAUGUUCUACGCGUCCAGAUUCUUCGCGGGAAUAGGAGACGGACUGAUGUUCGCAUCUGUGCCGAUGUACAUCGGAGAAAUAUCCACGCCUAAAGUCAGAGGGGUAUGGGGGAAUGCCUUAACCUUUGCCAUUUACCUGGGCCAAUUCAUAAUCACCGUGACAGGUAGUUACUGCGACGUGAAACAGACUUCGUAUAUAUGCAUCUGCUUCCCGUUGAUUCAUUUCGUCCUCUUCUAUUUUAUGCCCGAAUCGCCUUAUUUUUACAUCAUGAAGGGGAGAUUUCAAGAAGCCAGAGAAUCACUGAGGUGGCUGAGAAAGAAAGAUGACGUAGAGCAAGACUUUCUUUUAUUAAAAGCCGACGUAGAGAGGCAAAUGUCGGAAUCUGGCACUUGGAAGGAUUUACUUACCAUUAAGAGCAACAGGAAAGCUUUGUUUGCUGGAAUUUUUCUAAGAGCUUCGCAACAGCUCGGCGGUAUAGCCACAUUUGCUGUGUAUACACAAUACAUUUUUGAAAAAUCUGGAGGAAACUUAGAUCCACAAGUCUCAUCUAUGAUAUUUAUUGGUACGACUUGUGUCUUGAACCUUUUAGGUGCCUACACUUUGGACUUGUUUGGAAGAAGACUGUCGUAUAUAGUUUCUUUGGUAUGUUCUGGUAUAAUAUUACUUAUAGAAUCCAUUUAUUUCUAUAUAGAACAAUUUGAAACCCAGAUAGAUAUAAAGUUCCUAAACUGGAUCCCAAUAACGGGAAUGAUGGUUUUUGUACUAUUCUACUCUAUUGGUUUAGGAAUUGUUCCCACAUUGAUGCUCGGUGAAUUGUUUUCUACAAGUGUUAAAGCCAAGGGCUUAAGUGUUUUAAUUGUGAUAUUUGGGAUUCUUGUUUCUACAAUUACCAAAUUAUUCCACGUACUCACUACCAAUUUUGGUCUGUAUUCGCCUUUCCUACUAUUUUCUGUAAAUUGUCUUCUGUCAACAAUUUUAGCAAUUUAUUUGAUACCGGAAACUAAAGGAAAAACUCUCGAACAAAUCCAGCAAUCUUUAAAAGGUUCCAAGAAAACAAAUGAAAAGAAUGGAGUGGAAACUAAUCCAAACCCUUGAAGUUAUUAAUACCAAUUUAUAUUUUCUUAACAUAAAAAAUUGAAUGCAAACCGUACAUUUAAUAUGUAUUUACAGGAAAAAAUAUUAGUUAUGUUUGGUACAAGACAGAUGUGAGAUGUGAUCCUAGUUUAAAAUGUAUGUUAUUUGGUUAUUAUAAACCGACUGCAUAAAAUAUUACAAAUGUUGGCAUGCAAAACUGUAUACUGUAAAAAUAUACAAAGUCUGAAAUAAGUAAUAAAUGCAAUGGUAAGGUCGUGAUAUAAGUACAAAAGUUAUCCGUCUAUUUGUAAAGAAUGCUGUGAUAUUGUGAUUCCAGUCGAUUGUAGAAGAAAAUAUAUUUUAGAAGUAUAGAAGUUACUGGCUUCUUAAUAAUACCUGUUGCCGAUAAUAUAAUAACAUAUAAGUUUCUGAUAAGAUUA